CCAUGAGUUUCUGAAAAACUUGCUUCCGUAAAGAACGAGUAUGUUUGAACCUCCAUAUGUAAAAUGCAGUACACCGGUCUGGCAACAUUUGUGCUCUCAGUUUUCGGAGAUAUGUUAAAUUAAACGGUUUCAAUAUUCGCAUUGUAAAGCGUUUCAGUAAACACAUUUUGCGAGACAUAUAUUGUAACAUAUCUUAUAUUUCUCUUUAACACCAUCAUGACUGCACUGAGUCUGUACGUAAACACUUUUCGUAUAGCGCUUGGAGUUAACCCAGAUGAUGUGAAUUCUUGGUAUCACAUUUACGGAUCACUGUCGUGUCUUCGUGAAUCUCUGUUAUGCUGUGUCUGUGGAAAACUAAUGGUAAUUCCUAUGCGAUCAAGCAUGGCUCAUUGCCAGCACAAUGUCUGCAAAUAUUGCAUAGGUGGUCAAAUGAGGCUGCAUCCACAGUGUGUUUGGUGUUUAGAUUACAGGAAGUUUGAAGAUAAUGUACAGUUGAGAAUUAUUUUGCAGUGUUAUAAAAAGAUGUGCAGAUACAUAUUGUCCAGAGGAUUUUUCCGUACGUGGAAUCACAGUGAAAUGUCAUCACCCAAGUUAAGUUUUAUAUCAAUGGUUAGUGAAGGUGCUAAAUUAGAGGAUGACUAUCACUAUACAAGCAUGGACUCUGACAGGAUUUAUGACAGCCAGUUAACUUUAUUAUCCGGUUUUGAUCUUGGAAAUAUUGACGCUGUAAACGGGAAAAGAACUGUAUAUAGUAUAAAACUGACUGACAGUGAUUCUUCUAAGUUUAUGAUAAAGAAAACUACUUUUAAGGGGAAUAUUCAGGCAACUUAUGUUGAUUCCGAUGAAAGUUCUGAUACUUCAGGACAGGAGAGUGUAACUUUCAUAGAAGAAUGUCUGAUGUCUCUGAAGAAAAGAAAAAGUUGUCGUUGUGGCUUAGCAACUCGAAAUCCUGGAAAGUUGACAUGUUGCGGUCAGAGAUGUCCUUGUUACGUUGGAGGAAGAGCUUGUUUUAAUUGUCGUUGCAGAGGCUGUAAGAAUCCACAGAAACUACAUGUAUCUGCACCUUCUUUUCAUACGAUACAUAACAUUUGUCAGACUUCAUUUGCAGAACCAUAUUUUUCUGAUGGGAGUAAAAUCUCUGGAGAAAGUACUGAUAGUGAUUAUGAAAAAGGUAAUUCUUGUGAACGUUAUUCAUGCUAUAAAUAACGUUUGAAUUGUUACUUAUUUUGCAUGAAUGACGUAAAUUAUCUUAAGUAGUUUUAAAAUUUUAAACAUAUGCAGAUUUUGAUUAUAUACAUAACUGCUCCUGGCUGAAUAAUAAUUUAUGAAAGAAGAAACUUUCUCUCCAUCUGAAAUAUAAACACCCAUGUAAACUCGUCCUCGAGUUCUCUUAUUAAUUAAUAGUCUGAUAGUUAAUAAGAGUAUUUAAGAAGCUGUAAAAGUUAUGCAUGUUUUUUCACAUAUUUUUAUUAUUUUUUAAACAGAUUUCUGUAAUGAAUUAGAUAAUGUAUCAAAUGUCUCUGAGCAGCAGAUCUGAAUGAAAGAGGAGAUAAUGAAUUUAAUUAAUGCUAAUAAUAUGCAGCAGAGCUUUGUUAAAUUUGGUUAAUGCUUGUUUACACUUAGUAGAGACAAUGUAACACAGUUAUGGAGUUACCUCAUUUGUGUGUUACCAAAAAACAGUUCAUAAUUUCUCAUAUACUUGUAAUUGUAUUAGAUAAAUUUAGGUUUUAUAUUACAAUAGCAUUUCUUGUUUUUAUUGUGAUUAAUUAAUACAAAUUUGUAUGAAGUUUCUGUGAAUAUUGGCUUCAGAUUUUAAUGGAAAAUCAGUCUGAUCUUUUGUGCGGUGGUUAGGAAAAGGUUAUUAUUGUAGAUCAGUGGUCUUCAAACUUUGUCAGCUUAUGGAACUUGUAGAUUAUAAGGUUUUUUUGGGGAAUACCAUCCCUCCUUUAGAAAAAUAUAUCAUAAAAUAAUAUUUGACAUAAAUCAAUAUUUUAUAGGUAUUUUAUGUAAAGACAGAGAAAAAGUACUGUAUGUUUUAUUAAAAUAUUUGGAAACAUAGAAUCAAUGUAAUUUACUCAUUAAUUAAAUUAAUUUACUCAUUAACUCAAGCCCCAGGUGUCACUUACCCUUGCAUUAUAUUUAGUGGCCCUGAUGUACUUGAGUUUCAAAGAUAACUAUAAAAGUAUGUUUAUAUUUUUUAGUUAAUAAGCACCUAUCAGCUAGUGUGAGUGCUUCAUAAUUUUAUUUUCGGAGUUUUUAUUUUGACUCGAAGAACACCUGGAUUUCCUGGAAUACAGUUUGAAGACCACUGCUAUAGAUUUCCUGUUCCUCAGUGGUCACCAUUAAGUAAUUUACUAUUAAUGGAUGGUUAAAACUCUUUUGGCUACUUAUUUCUUAGGCAUAUAAACUACUUUUUCCAGCCUCCUUGUUUAAAAGACUCCUUACAUUUUUUAAGCAAUAGGCAGGCUAGAAGAUAAUUAAAUGAACUAUAAAAUUAGGCAUCACCAAUAGUACUGUUAGAUCAAAGGCGUAGCUAGGGUUUUCAGCGCCCGGGGACAACUGAAGAUUUUGCGCCCCUUUCUCUGUGCCAAGAACGGAAAAAUUUCAUAACAUCAAUUUGGCGCCCCCUGAAUGCUGCGCCCGGGGACAGAUGUCCCCCUUUGCCCCACCCAAGCUACGCCAAUGUGUUAGAUUUAUCCCUUCUUGUAUUGCAAUCUUUCCUACAGGAUAUGUAUUACAAGUAAAAACAAAAGACAUGGACUUUUAUAUUAAAUAAUACAAAUUUGUGCAUGAAUGCUAAUGUAAAAUGAUUUUGUACAGUAAUUAACUGCUGGCUGAAAUCUAAGUUCAUGUUAGAUUUAGAAUUAUUUUUUUUAUUUAUUUCUUGCAAGUACAGUCAAAAGUCGUUAAUUCGGACACCCAUAAUCGGACCUCAAAGCUAAAAUCUUUCUGCACAUUGACGCGUGCGCGCAAGACCUU